AUCGCAGUGCAUUGUGGGUUUCAAAAUGGCGACUCUGCAGUGAUGUGUAGUUUCAACAUACCGAACAAGUUAUUUUGGUAGAGAACAAUAUUGCUUGCAGGAGAGAAAAUCCUCAAGUUGCAUUUGUGUGUUUUUUAAGUGGAGUGUAUCCUGACAGUUCAGCCAUUUCGCUUCAAACGUAUCAGUGCAUGGUGUUUGGAGAAUGUCGGGCCGAAUCGACUCCAUGGACCGGAGGAGGAGCGAGUCCCGCGGGAGCAGAGAUGAGAGGAGAGCGCGUAGCCCCGUGAAGGAGAAGGAGAAACGGAAGCGGAAGCGCAGCCGAAGCAGGUCGUCUUCGUCAUCUUCCUCAUCCAGUUCUUCAUCAUCUUCCUCAUCCUCCUCCUCUUCAUCACGCUCGUCGGUCAGCCGGUCGAGCUCUAGCAGCAGCGAUUCCCGCCGGAAAUCCAAGUCUAAGAAAGGAAGGAAGGAGAAGCACAGGAAGCAUAAAGGGAAAAAGGACAAGAAGAAGAAAAAGAGGAAAGAGAAAAAACGGAAGGGUGAUGACGAUGAAGAUGAUGAUGAGGAAGAGGGACCUGUGCAGAUCUCCAAGUAUCUGAAGCAGAAGAAGAGGAGUGGGAAGUACAGCAUGAUCUCUGGGAGGAAGAUUAAAAUGAAGGUGAAGAAAUCAAAGGAGGACAAAGAGAGAGAUAAGAACCGGGCUGAACUCCUCAACUUCCUCAACUCUGCCUUGUGACCCGCGGAGAGCGAGAUCUUUCCGGAAUCAUCUGUCUGUCGACCGUGUGAAGGAAUCCUCCCCGAAAGCCAGCUCCCAACCACACCGAUGACAUCAUCAUCUCAGGGAAGGUCCCUGCCUGCCCAGUUGCCCUGAGCUCGCUCGCUCUCUCUCUCUCUCUCUCUCUCUCCUCUCUCCCUGUCCUGUGGGGUUUCUGUGUUUGUUUUUGAAUGGGGGAUGAUCGUAUUGUUGAUUAAUUAUCAUGUUGCUCAAACAUAUAUGUGUAAAAUAGCACACCAUCCUCUACAGCAGCGAUCAUCAAAUCUGGCCCUCAAAUCCAAAUCCGGCCCUGGUUUUUUUUUUCCUCCCAGGUAAUUAGCUGAACAGUUACUGCCACUGAUUGGCCAGACAGUCUUCACACCUGACUCCCAGGUAAAGGGAGGGUGAACACACCUGACUCCCAGGUAAAGGGAGGGUGAACACACUGACUCCCAGGUAAAGGGAGGGUGGACACACCUGACUCCCAGGUAAAGGGAGGGUGAACACACCUGACUCCCAGGUAAAGGGAGGGUGAACACACCUGACUCCCAGGUAAAGGGAGGGUGAACACACCUGACUCCCAGGUAAAGGGAGGGUGAACACACCUGACUCCCAGGUAAAGGGAGGGUGGAAAACCAGCAGUUCCCGGCCCUCGAGGACCGUGAUUUGAUGAUCCCUGCUGUACAGAAUUAAACUGCUGAAAAACACUUAUCAUUUUUCUCUGUGGGAGAAAAUCUCACCUUUUUCUCUGCAGUUGAGUAAGAGUCGGUGUGAAUCCUCUGUAUCUGUUCUGACACGUCCAGGUCUGACUGUUACUGUGGAAACGUCAUGGCAACGGGAAUGUGAUCCUUAUCCCGUCUCAUGGUUCUGUUCAUAGUAGUCGGUUUCUGGAGGAGUUCAUCAAAGCUGCUGUUUGUUUUGUUCACAGCUGGUGCUGUGUACGAGCUCCAAGAAUCACGUGUACCAGCCAAAAGAUACAAUUUAUUGAUUAAUUUUGACACAUUUUCUUUUUUUCAGUCAUGAACUCAGUUUAAGAUAAAAUGCUUGUAUGUGAAAACUGAUGCUUUGUUGAUCACGUGUGUCUUUUCCCAAAUUUGGGAAGCAAAUGAUACCCCCAGUAAUAAAAGCUGGCGCACUCUG